AUGAAACUCACUAAUCUCGCCUGCUCUCCGUGGCCACGGAUGCUGCAAUGCGCGCUCUUCUGCGUCUUGAGCCUUGAUCUGCGUCUCGGCGCUGCUCGCUCAGAUUCCAAGGUGUUUCUGAUUUACAACAGCAGGCUGCAGGGCUGCUUGGAGACCAAGGACACCCUGGUGAAGGUCUCUAAACCCUGCAACGUCAGCGCCCCAGCCCAGCAGUGGAAAUGGGUCUCCCGGAACCGACUCUUCAACCUCGGGACCAUGCAGUGCCUCGGGGUCUCCUGGCAGGGCAUCAACUCCACCGCGGCGGUGCAGUCCCUGGCCACCUACGAGUGCGACCGCGAGUCCGUCAACAUGAGGUGGAGCUGCCGGAGCUUAGGGGAGCAUCUCUCUCAGUAUCUGAACGCCAAGGCAGGGAACCUAUCCCUGGCUCCUGCCGAGAGAGGAGAUCAGGCACGCGGCGGGCAGUGGAGCGUCUACACCACCCAUGAAGAUUUGUGCUCCAGCCCCUACUCUGAAAUUUACACCAUCCAAGGCAAUUCCCACGGGAAGCCCUGCACCAUCCCCUUCAAGUACGACAACCAAUGGUUCCACGACUGCACCAGCACGGGCCGGGAGGAUGGGCAUCUGUGGUGCGCCACCACGCAGGAUUAUGGCAAAGAUGAACGAUGGGGCUUCUGUCCCAUUAAGAGCAACGACUGCGAGACCUUCUGGGACAAGGAUCACCUGACCAACAGCUGCUACCAGUUCAACUUCCAGUCCACCCUGUCCUGGCGGGAGGCGUGGAGCAGCUGUGAGCAGCAGGGGGCCAACCUGCUGAGCAUCACCGAGAUCCACGAACAGACCUACAUCAACGGGCUGCUGACAGGAUACAGCUCCACCCUCUGGAUCGGGCUCAAUGACUUGGACAUGAACGGGGGCUGGCAGUGGUCCGACAACUCGCCCCUGAAGUACCUCAACUGGGAGAGCGACCAGCCUGACAAUCCCAGCGAAGAAAACUGCGGGGUGAUCCGGACGGAGUCCUCGGGGGGCUGGCAGAACAGGGACUGCAGCAUCGCCCUGCCCUAUGUUUGCAAGAAGAAACCCAAUGCCACCUCCGAUCCGUUCACGACAGACUCCUGGUCGGAGGUGAAGGUUGAUUGUGAGCCUACCUGGCAGCCCUUCCAGUCCAGUUGCUACCGGCUGGUUGGCGAGAAGAAGAGCUGGCAAGACGCGAAGAAGACCUGCUUGCGCGGCGGUGGGGACCUGGUGAGCAUCCACACGCUCUCCGAGCUGGAGUUUGUCACCAAACAGAUCAAGCAAGAUGUUGAGGAGCUCUGGAUUGGCCUGAACGACCUCAAGCUGCAGAUGAAUUUUGAGUGGUCAGAUGGGACGCCGGUGAGGUUCACAUACUGGCACCCCUUUGAGCCCAACAACUUCCGAGACAGCCUGGAGGACUGUGUGACCAUCUGGGGACCGGAAGGGAGGUGGAACGACAGCCCGUGUAACCAGACGCUGCCCUCCAUCUGUAAGAAGCCCGGCCGGGUGAGCCAGCGGGGAGAGGAGGAGGAGGACCACGGCUGCAGGAAGGGCUGGAAAUGGCAUAGCCCCUCCUGCUAUUGGCUAGGAGAAGACCGUGUGACCUACAGCGAUGCACGGAAGAUGUGCAGUGACUACAAGGCCACCCUCGUCACCAUCACCAACAGGUUUGAGCAGGCGUACGUCAGCAGCCUCAUCUAUGGUUGGGACAGUGAGUAUUUCUGGACGGCGCUGCAGGACAUCAACAAAACGGGCGCUUUCCGCUGGCUGAGUGGCGACGAGGUCAUGUACACCCACUGGAACCGCGACCAGCCCGGUUACAACAAAGGCGGCUGCGUUGCCCUGGCCACGGGGAGCUCCAUGGGGCUAUGGGAGGUGAAGAACUGCAGCACAUUCAAGGCCAAAUACAUCUGCAGGCAGAACCUGGGCACCCCGGUGAACCCCGAGUUACCAGCCCCAUACCCGACGCCCAGCCUCACCGGCUCAUGCCCCCAGGGAUGGAGCUCGGACCCCAAGCUCCGACACUGCUACAAGGUGUUUAACUACGACAAGCUGCAGGACAAGAAGACCUGGAUUCUGGCCCAGCUGUUCUGCCGUGAGCUGGGGGCGCACCUGCUCAGCCUGGGCAGUUACGAGGAGGAGCAUUUUGUGGCCAACACCCUGAACAAGAUCUUCGGCGAAUCGGAACCGGAGAUCCAUGAGCAGCACUGGUUCUGGAUCGGCUUGAACCGGCGGGAUCCUGGAGCAGAGAGGAGCUGGAGGUGGAGCGACGGCCUCGGGUUUUCCUACCACAACUUUGACCGCAGUAACCAUGACGAUGACGACAUCCGUAACUGUGCCGUGCUGGACCUGGCGUCCUUGCAGUGGGUGCCCAUGCAGUGUGAAUCACAGCUGGACUGGAUCUGCAAACUGCCCAAAGGUGCUGAUGUGAAGGAGCCAGAGAUCCCCACCCAAGGCAGCAAAGAGUGGGUGAAAUAUCAGGACGCAGAAUACAAAUUCUUUGAGCAUCACUCGACCUGGGUGCAGGCCCAGCGGAUCUGCACCUGGUUUCAAGCCGAGCUGGUGUCGGUUCAUAACCAAGCCGAGCUGGAUUUUUUGGGCCAGAGCCUGAAGAAGUUCUCCAGGGGCCAGGAGCAGCACUGGUGGAUCGGGUUGCACACCUAUGAAAACGACGGGCGAUUCAAGUGGUCCGACGGCUCCCUCCUGAACUUCAUCUCCUGGGCGCCGGGCAAGCCGCGGCCAAUCAGCAAGGAGAAGAAGUGCGUGUACGUGACGGCCAGCAGAGAGGACUGGGGGGACCAGAAGUGUCUAACUGCUCUGCCGUAUAUCUGCAAACGGAGUAACACCACUGCUGUGAAGCCCUCUCUGCCACCACUGCCCACGCCCGUUCCUGGCGGCUGCGCACGGGGCUGGAUCCCGUUCAUCAACAAGUGUUUCAGCAUCAAGGGCCACGACAAGGCCGAGCAGGUGAAGUGGCAGGAAGCGAAGCAAGCGUGUGAGAGCCAGGGCGCCGUGCUGGCCACCAUCUCCAACCACCUAGAGCAAGCUUUUAUAACCUCCAUCCUUCCCAAUGUGACCUUUGACCUUUGGCUCGGCCUCCACGACGCCAAGCAGGAGUUCCAGUGGGUGGAAUCGGAACCUCUCCGAUACGUCAACUGGGCCCCAGGGGAGCCCUCCGGGUACGGCACCUCCACAGCGAACGACAAACCGACUAACUGCGUGAUGGUUUGGCACGGCUCCCCUCCCCACUUCACUGGCCGCUGGGACGACAGGAACUGCCUGGAGGAGACGCACGGCUACAUCUGCCAGCGGAGCAUAGACCCAGCUCUGAGCUCAUCCCGGACCAGCUACCCCCCGUCCCCCAGCUCCCUGCUCUCCUAUCUCAACAGCACCUACCGCAUCCUGCAGAAACCCCUGAAGUGGCAGGAGGCCCUGCUGCUGUGUGAGACCCGCAACGCCACGCUGGCCAGCGUGCUGGAUCCCUACACCCAGGCCUACCUCACCCAGGCCAUCGGCAGCUUGCGGGCCCCGCUCUGGAUCGGCCUGGCCAAUGAGGAGGGAGGCCGGAGCUAUUCCUGGCUCACAGAAGAGAGCCUCUCCUAUGUCAACUGGCAGGACGGGGAGCCUCGGCAGGUCACGGGCUGCUCCUACGUGGACGUGGAUGGGACGUGGCGGACGGCCAGUUGUGACACCAAACUGCAAGGGGCUAUCUGCAAGGUCAACACAGGGUCCCCCCGGUCACACAAGUGGAGUUACAGUGGGAGCUGCCCCAAGUCGGUGGAGGAUUCCUCCUGGAUCCCCUUCAGGAAUCACUGCUACACUUUCCACAUGGAGGUCACUCUGGGGCAGAAGGACGCCAUGAAGAGAUGCCAGAAAGCUGGCGGCACGGUGUUGUCCAUCCAGGAUGAGAUGGAGAAUGUGUUCGUUUGGGAGCAUCUCCAAGCCUACGAGAGCCAGUCCAAGGGCGCCUGGUUGGGGAUGACGUUUAAUCCCAAAGGAGGCACCUUGGUUUGGCAUGACAACACAGCCAUGAACUACUCCAACUGGGGCCAGCACGACACCGGCCCCAGCAUGCUGAGCCAGAACAGCUGCUACUGGAUCCAGAGCAGUAACGGGGUCUGGCACCUGGGCUCCUGCUCUAAUGUCACCAUGGGGGUCAUUUGUAAGAUCCCCCGAGUUGAGGAGAGCAGCUUCUCCCGAUCAGCUCUCCCGGACAACACGACCGCCAUCGCCGUGGUUGUCCUCUCAGCACUAGCGCUGUGCGCGUUGAUCGCCCUCGCCGUCUACCUGUACAAGCGCCGGCGGAGCUCCGAGCGGGGGGCCUUUGAGAGCGCCCGCUACAGCCGCACCACCUCCAACCCCAGCGAAUCUGCCGAGAAGAACAUUCUGGUGUCUGACAUGGAGAUGAACGAACAGCAAGACUAA